AUGCAGGCUAAAUGCAGUCCAGUAGACGCCUCACAGCUUCUCCGUGAUAUUCUUCAAAGCAAAGACACUUACCAAACCCAGUUUAGUGACAGCAUCACUAGCAGCGGCAGCAUCAAGGAUAUCUAUAGCAGCGACUGCAACUCCGAGAUGAUUUCCCCCCUCCUUCACAGCAAAUCUAGCGACAUGGCUUUCAAUGACAGAGAUAACGACAACGAUUUGGACAAUGAUAAUGAUAUUGAUGGAGAUAUUGAUGUUGCCACAGACAACCAUUCGUGUAUUAACGAUGAUGACCAGUCUGACGAUCUUGAUGAAAGAUCAUUGGACAAUUCACUCCAGGACGAUAACUUGAAGAGUUUUGAUCACGAAACGGGUAGCAGAGAAAGCAAAGAGGAAAAACGGGCACACGUGGAAACCAUACUGACUAGUAUGAGGCAUCCUCUUCCACAGGUCGACCUAGAUUCAACAAUGAUGGCUCUAUCAGGAGAUUUCAAGCGCCAGAAGAGGAAGCAGCCGCAACCUCAGCAGCAUGAAUCAAACAUCCUACCCACUGAGGAUUUAGUUCUUCAGAAGCAGAUCCAGCAGUUGCAGGAGCAGAUGCAUGCUGUGAAAAGGAAAAGAGAAGAGAACUUGUCUGUGAAGGAUGAGGACGAAGCUGUGGUUGACGGGGAAGUGACUGAUGGCGAAGGAAGCAAACCUGGAAGUCCGCAGGGAGGACAAUCAAAACGGGCGAGAGUGGAAAGCCUGCUUAGCAGCGCACAUUCACCAGCUCAUGUUGAUAGUAGGUUUGAGUUCAGCAGUAGAGUUUCACCUAGAAGUGAUAGCGACAAGAAGCAGAAAAGAAAACAGACGCAACCACAGCAGCAUGAUAACAGUAGGUCAGAUCACAGAGAUGGAGUUAGCGGUAUCAAACAUCGCGAAAGUCACCAUCGCUUCGGUUCUAGUCAUGAUGAAGAGAACAUUGAGGAUGGCAAUGGUGAAAUGAACAACUCAGGUAGCCUUUAUGGAACUGAUCAUUUUUUCCGAAACACACUGUACCAUGGUUUGGGAAAUAAAAACUUUCUUGCACCAUUCCAGAAUGGAUUUGAUCCACAUUUCUACAGGGAUAAUUUCUUUAGACACGGGAUUUUCGGAGUGCGCCCAGAUCUAGAUCCGGGGAUCGUGUUUAGGUCAAAAUCCGAGCAGAUCCGACCCGAAACUGGUCAUAUACCGGACGAGCCGCCUAAGAUUCCUCAAGCAGAUAUUUCUAAAAUUGCUAACGUGUUGAAACUUGAACUGACUGAGGCGAUGAACAAAGCUAUAGAUAGCGCUGUUAGCAAGGUUUUGAUUGAAAAACAAGCGACUGCUCAGAACACACAGUUGACUAGGGAUUCAAACACACCACAAAUACAACAGCUUCAAAACAGGCAACCUCAGCGGCAUAAAAGUCCACCAAUUCAGCGGCAGCAGCAGCCGCCGCCACACAAACUUCAACACUCUCCUAACGCAAUUCCUCACUUCCUCCACCAGCAACAUUUUCAACAACUUCAACAGCAACAGCAUCGACAUCAAUCCCUGCUGCUACAGCAGCAGCAACAACAACAACAGAACCAGCCGACUAGUCAAAUCUCUGAGAGAGAAGCUAUGAAAGAAACUGUCAGUAACUGUCAAACAGAGAAGAAGCCAGAUCUCAUCGUUCCUCUUACUGACCAUCUUCAUCUUCUAGAGCGCUUUGGCAGCCGGCUUCACCCGGACAAAAUGAGUGCCUUCGGGCCUCUUCAUAAAUCAGGAAGUGACCUCAUAACACCCCAUAACGGUCCCUCUUUACCUUUCCAUCCCCACUUCCCGUAUUUCCUCCCUACUCAGGUACUCCCUCCCAUUUACACUGGAGAGCCCGAACAAACUGAGCCCUUGCCUCUUUUAACUAACACGCCCAAGAAAAAACGUACAAAAGUCACGGACACGAGGCUGAGUUCUCCUCGGGGUAAACCAGCCCUCCUUCAGGAUAACACUCCCAGUUCCAGCAUGGACAACACGGAUGCUCAACGCCAUCUAACUUUAGCCUUCCCUCAUUUCCUUCCUCCAGUCCUACCCACAAGUGUAGCUAUCACAAACCCAUCCCUCACGCAUUCUGACCUCCUUGCUCUACGACUGCAAGAAGCCUCUUUCAGAGACUCCCGAAUGACGAGCCCGCAGGACCAGUCAAGAGGGUCUCCUCAUUCACCUUCAGAUUCUCCACACUUCCUGAGCAGUAUGCAUAUGUUUGACAGAGGCAGUUUAUGCAUGUCCGACGAUAUGAUGGACGGAAACAGCCCGGGCAAUGCAACUCAUUUGACCUUAACCGACGCUCACACCUCAACCUUGACCCCAAUGCACCUGCGCAAGGCCAAGUUGAUGUUCUUCUAUACCAGAUACCCCAGCUCGUCCAUCUUGAAGAUGUACUUCCCUGACGUGCUGUUCAACAAGAACAACACCGCCCAGCUGGUCAAGUGGUUCUCUAACUUCAGAGAGUUUUUCUACAUCCAGAUGGAGAAGUACGCCCGCCAGGCUAUGGCCGAGGGUUGCCAACAUGCGGACGACCUCAUCGUCAGUGCCGAUUCUGAAUUGUUCCGCCAUCUUAACCUUCACUACAAUAGAAAUAAUCAGCUUGAGGUGCCCCACAACUUCCUAGCCGCAGUUCAGGCAGCACUGAGAGAGUUCUUCAAAUCCGUACAAGCCAACAGAGACACCGAACCCUCGUGGAAGAAAGCCAUCUACAAGAUCAUCGCCAGAAUGGACGAGACUUUGCCAGACUUCUUCAAAUCUCCAAACUGGAUGGAACAGUUAGGAGACCAAUAA